CUGACUGAUUCUCUCUGCCUGCCUCUCCUCAGACUAACGAUGGCUAAAGCCCAGCUAUUUGUAUCACAGGACGAGUUCACCUGCUCGGUGUGUCUGGACACCCUGACUGACCCCGUCACCAUCCCCUGUGGUCAUAAUUUCUGUCUGAAGUGCCUCACGGACUGCUGGGAUCAGAGCCGAGUGUUUAGCUGUCCUCAGUGCAGGCACAUCUUCAGCACAAGGCCAGAGCUGAACAGAAACACUCUGCUGAAUGGAGUCAUCAAGAAAUUUAAAAGACCAAGACUAAGUCCUCCUCUGUCUCAGAGUUAUGCCAGCUUUGGAGACGUGGAGUGUGACAUCUGUUCUGGGAAGAAGUUCAGAGCAGUGAAGUCCUGUCUCACCUGCCCGGCCUCCUACUGUCAGACUCACCUGCAGCCUCACUAUGAAGGAGACGCCCUGAAGCACCACAAGCUGGUUGAUCCUAAUAGAAAUCUGAAGGAUAAACUCUGUGAGAAACAUCAGAAAAGUCUGGAGAUAUUCUGUAAAACUGAUGAUUCCUGCAUCUGCUUGACGUGUGUGGUGACUGAACAUAAUGGACAUAAAAUGGUCGAGCUGGAGACGGAAAGAGAAGAAAAGCAG